AUGGGCUCAACCCUUUCCGUGGUCAAGACACUCAUCAUACCAGCAGUCAUCUCGCUGAUCCUCUUCCUCGUCUCGACCUUCGUUCUCGUUCCCCUAUGGCGGCGGUACCGGAGCCGCUACAGCCAGUACCUCCCACUCGAGUCGAUAUCGAAUCGUACAUCGUCCGUUCGUGCCAGGGUACAAGAUGCCAUGGCCCGGUGGCUGAUACCGUCUCGGUGGCGCGUGGGCGACCGCCUGGUGAUAGGAGGUGAUACCGAGUCCGAUCAGGGCUACAGCUCCGAAGAUGGCGAGGAACUAGACGACGUGAUUGGCGACCACCAUGAUGCGCUUUCGCCGGAUACACGAAAUCAACAAACGGAUAGCAUGCGAAGGCUCAGCAGGGAUUUAGAGGAGGGUUUCCGAGAUGACAGCGACGAGGAAGAAAAUGACGAACGGCAGAGGAGGCGGUAG